AUGGGCCUGGUUUCCCCCUCUUUUACAUGGCUGGCUUACGACGGUCGCUGGAGCCAUUGGGGAGCUCCAAACGCUGGACUCCGGCCCAGCCCUGACGUUUCUCUGCUGGGUAGCUGGACCCGACAACCACGGUCCCCGCUUGAAGCCACAUAUACUUGCUGGACCCUGGAUCUCGUCGAUUCUCACCUUGUCCAAGAACCCGCGGAUGGCCAACUGGACGUCGCUUCAUUCGCCUCGGUAAUACAAACCACAUUCGCAAUCCCAGGUGAGACUACUACCGCCGCCAUGGAUGUGUCGAAGAACGAGUUGCAUCUCCUCGGCCUGCCCCUUGAAGUCCGCCUCCAGAUAUACGGCUGGGUCCACGUGGCACAUCCAGUAGAGCACGCGCAGCUCGCGCCGUGGUAUCCGAAUCCAAUACAUAGUGCGUACUUCUUGAGGCCCGUCAACCCCCUCGGAGUGGAAACUGAGGAUUGUGCCGUACCAGGGAAAAUUGUGAAAGCCAUCGGCCAACCUGCAGGAGAAGAGGACGAUUCCGACAGAGACCAAAAGUCCGAAGAGCCAUCGCUGCUAUCACCGAACCGUCCAAUCUCUGGUAUCCCCUCGGCGCUCCUGGAGACCAAUAGGCAAAUUUACAACGAGUGCCGGUCCUACCCCUUCCACACGAACGAGUUCGUCUUUGUCAACUGGUUCUCCUCAGGACUUUGGGCUGCGCGGGCCUUCACGCGCGGUCUGCGGCCAUGGCAGCGGGAUGAGAUGCGGUGGGCGAGGCUCGAGAUGCUCGGGCGGGACUGUACGGGCCCAGCGCUGAAGGAGUGGAUUGAGUUGUGUGAGCAUUGGUCCUUCGGGCUGCGGGGGCUGAGGCUCAAGAUCCUGAUAGGAGGUGGGAUAUUCGAACCCACUGCCCCCUUUUCCGCGCUGAAGAACAAUGCAGAGGCCCAGGCCAUGGGGCUGGGCUCCAAGACGACACGGCCCAAUCCCAGGCCAGAAUGGAUCGAGGAAGGGCUGCGAAAGCUGAGGGCGUUGAGAAGGCUGGAGGUCGAGCUUUCGGUGCUAGAUUGGGGCGAUGGGGAAAAGCUCGAGUGGUGUGCUGAGCUUGGAAAGAUGCUCAACGUCGGUAAGGAGGGGGAGGACAGCCUCGUCGUGGUGAGGUGUGUUGAGAAGCUCGAGGAGGAUAAUGGAUCGAAAAGGCAAGUCUUUGAUGGCACUGCGCAGUGUUGA